CUUCUUUAUGUCAAAUGUCAAUAAUGUCAUUUUAUUUUUUAUCAAUAAGUGUUCUUUAGAAGUAUUUUUUUAGUAAUUAAAGUAUUUAGAAUUGUAAAAUAUGGCUCAAAUCACUACAGUCCUUUCGAAAUUUUACAAUGAAUAUAAAACGAGAACUCCUAAAAGGCUAAAAGCAAUCGAUGCCUAUUUAUUUUACAUACUUUUAACCGGCAUUACACAAUUUAUUUACUGCCUUUUAGUUGGAACUUUUCCCUUCAAUUCAUUCCUUAGCGGAUUCAUCUCUUCUGUUAGUUGUUUUGUAUUAGCUGGUAAGUUAAUUAAAGCCGUAACAAUUGUUUGAAUAAUAAACAGUAUUUUAAAUUAGUAUUUUUAACUAAGAGCGUCAAUUUUUGGAACAUUUUAUGUAUGUUAAGCGAUAAUUCUUUACCACGUCAUCUGAUUUAUGAUUCUUUUAUUGUUAGAAAGGGGAUGCCCCUGGGGUGGUCUCAUAUGAAUUUGGUCAAAAGUUGAUUACGAGUUCCAUGAGAACACCAUCAAACUUUUCAUUCUUAGAGUUGGGUUUUUAAAAUUACUUUUUCUUAUGUAUGUCCAAUUAAUCAGUCAUUACUGGAAAUCUAUGGAAUAUACAGGGUAAAUCAGAACUAUGGGAUCACACGUCAAGAGUUUGUCUAAGGCUUCAGGUCAAUCCAGAAAAUAAAACACAAUUCAAUGGUAUCAGUCCAGAGAGAGGAUUUGCAGAUUUUAUUUUUGCACAUAUUGUACUUCACUUAGUUGUAAUGAAUUUCAUUGGUUAAAAUUUGAGCUCUGUUUAAAUUUUAUCAUAUAUUUUCAUUUAGUUU